UUAGUUUCAUAAUUCGAACACAUCCGUCAUUUGCAGUGGUCGCGAGCUUCACGUAAAGGUGGUGCAGACAUGAACAAAAUUAUGAUGUUUCGGACAACUCUCAUUUUUGUAUUGACCCUGCAUACAAUUUUUGCAGUUCCACAACCAGAUGGGAUGUUUUUAAAAACAAAUUGGUUGAAAAAUCUCGAUACUUCUCAACUUAACUACGGAGUAGCGGUAUCGGACGUUGACAACGAUGGUUCCUUGGAGUGGAUAGUCGCAGGAUUUAGUGGGCCUAAUUUUGUUUUGAAAUUCGAUCGUGCUACGAAACAUUUGAUAAACCUUGCUCAAGACCACAGGUAUAAUGCAAUAGCAGACCAAGGCGGGCAAGCAAUCGGCGUGUGCGCCUGUGACAUCGAUGGAGAUGGACGAGAAGAAAUUUAUUUCCUGAAUACAAACAAUGCAUAUGCUGGUAGGGCCGAUUACGGAGAUUCUUUGUUCAAAUGGAGAAAUGGAAAAUAUGUCAAUUUAUACACUGAUCCCGUGAAUUCCAGAAUGGAGGCCAAGAGCUUUGCAGGGAGAUCAGUCGCUUGCAUUGACAGACUCGGAACUGGGAAGUACUCUAUAGUAAUUGCGACUUACUCAAGGGGAGGCGUUGGUAAUUUUGCUUUAGUUGAGAUGGAUGAAAAUCAUCCUUCCAAUGACGUGUCAAAUGGCAAUAUUGUCCUGAAAAACGUUGCAAGUGUUGCAAAAAUCGACAAAGCUACGGGGGGUAGAGGUCUAGUGGUGGGUCCAAUUCUUGGAAACAACGGGCGUUCUGACAUCUUUUUCGGAAACGAGGGUAACCCAUGGAUGGGGAAUCCCGGAGACAAUUUCCUUUUCAAAAAUUUGGGAAAUGGUUCUUUUGAAGACAUUGCCGAACAGGCAGAGAUACAAGACAAAUACAAUAAUGCCAGAGGUAUAAGUUUAGCGGACUUCAAUAGAGAUGGACUUCUGGACAUUGCCUACGGUAAUUGGGAAGGUGAACAUAGACUUUUUAUGCAAUUUAAAGCAGUAGGAGAAGCGAGGAAAUUUCGAAAUAUUGCGAACAGACAAUACGCAGUUCCUACAAAAAUCCGAACAGUCAUUGCGGCUGACUUUGACAAUAACGGAGAUACCGAUAUAUUCAUGAACAACAUUUGUAGUCAUCGUGAUCCCAAUGACCGGGAACCAAACAAACUGUUCACUAUUAUCCCAAACCAGUUUAAUAAUAGCAGUGAUCCCGAAAUCAAGAAAAUGAAUAUCGGACAAGCAAAGGAGCCUAGGGGUUUCGGAACAGGGGCUGCUAUAACAGAUAUGGACGGGGACGGUGUUUUGGAUCUGCUAAUAUCACACGGAGAGAGCCAAACUCAACCUCUGAAAGUCUACCGAGUUAACCGUGAUGUUAGUAGGAACCAGGCUGGAAAGUACAACUGGGUCAGGGUGUUUCCCCGGACCAAAUACGGGGCCCCGGCGAGGGGGGCGCUGGUCAAGUUAACGACCCGUACAGGCAGGGUAUACUCAAGCGUGAUUGACGGGGGGUCGGGUUAUCUGUGUCAAAUGGAACCCGUGGCCCACUUCGGACUCGGGGAGGAUAAACCAAUGAAACUUGAUGUCCAAUAUCCGGACGGAGUUGUUGUUAGUGCCUCUCUGAGAAAAUCAGAUAAAAAUAAAGUUCAUUUUGUUGACCAUCCAGACAAAGUCAACUAGUAAUAAAAGUGCAUUUUGUCGACCACCAAAGAAAAAAAACUAGUCAAAACUUUGAUCUGCCAAUAAAAAUACGUCAUAAUGUGUCGAACAAUUGCUGACUAUUUAAGCAUAAUAUAUAUUAUAUAAUAUAUAUUGUUGUUCUGUAAUUCUGUCAAAAUAAAAAAGUUUUAUAUUGUGAA